GGGCUGCGGUUGGCCGAAAGUCACUGUUCCAUUUGGUCGCUGUCUCUGGAUUUCUUUUUCAGUUUUGGAAUUCAACCCCUCACAGUCUCAUUCUCCUCCAUUUUCAUCUCUUUUUUGAGUAAUAUAUACACAUAUACGCCUCUCACUCACUUUAUUCGACGCGUAAAGGUUCCUUCUCUGUCGCUCUCUCUCUCUCUUACCUCUUCAUUAUCCCUUUGACAACUUCACAUUCACACUUCUCCUCCAUUUUCCCGGAUGUUCAGAGUUUCUCAGACAACUUUUCCUCCCUACUAAAUAUUCGAAAAGAAAAGAUAAGAAAAACUAACUAUUUUUUUCCCAGCAUUUUUUUCAAGUUCUAGCAAUUUCACCGCUGAAGUGAAUUUCACGUUAUCCAAUUUGCAUGCUAGUUUUUCUCAAAUGCGGAGGAAUCGGCGCUGGCGGUUACGUGGUCAAGUGUGAUAUUACUUUUGAAAGCCCAUGAAUUAUCUGAUGCUUUUAGUGGAGAUUUAAUUUAAUUUCAACGGUUACAUUUUUGUUUAUUUUUCUGCAAAAAAUCGGCAUUUUUAAAUUUGCAGUUCUGAGCUUCUGGCCAGUCAGUUAGAGAGGAGCCCCUUCUCAUCUGAAACCUCAGCUGUCGCUGCCGUUUCUCUGAAAACGACUCAAGGGUCCACCUACUGCGAGAACACCGAGCCUUUACAGAGCUCUAUAAAGAAAAAAACCAGAAAAGGAAAGAGAAGAAACAAUUUGUUCCUUGGUAUUGAAGCAUUGUUGGGUCCACAUUAAGCAAAGCUGUGUCACGAAUGGGCCAUUAGAUUUUUGGGGGAAAAAACUUGAGGCCUACGGUUAAGCAAAAGUGCUAAUCACAACUAAUCCCUCACAAUGAUGCAGUUAUGAAUUCUGGUUGGAGAUGGCUGUUGUAAUGCUGUUGAAGAUGGGACAGCUUUGCUUCAACAGCCUAACUGCCUUACUUCUUUUGGGCAGUUAUAUGGAACAGUGAAAUUUUGUGCAUUUAAUUUUUUCGAUUGUUUGGGGAGUUCGUAACCAUGGGUUAUUGAUUUUUGGUGAUCUUGGAGCGAAUUUUGGAAAAAUUAGCGAGAUAAAGAAGGAAGUGGGUUCUUGAGAGAUGGGGGCUAUUGGAGGAGAAGAGUUGAUGAAGUGGGAGAAAAUGCAAGGGAUGGCAAAUGGAAGUGAAGAAAAGAUUCUGGUGUUGGUGAGGUUGAGACCUUUGAGCGACAGGGAGAUUUUGAGGAAUGAUGUUUCGGAUUGGGAAUGUAUUAAUGAGACCACCAUUUUGUACCGGAAUAGCCUCCAGGAGCGGUCUGGGCUCCCAACUGCUUAUUCAUUUGACAGAGUAUUCAGAGGUGAUUGUCCGACAAGGAAAGUGUAUGAUGAUGGAACAAAGGAAAUUGCUCUUUCGGCUGUUAGUGGUAUCAACUCAACCAUUUUCGCGUAUGGGCAAACGAGCAGUGGAAAGACAUACACCAUGAAUGGGAUUACCGAGUAUACAGUAGCAGAUAUUUAUGAUUACAUACAAAAGCAUGAAGAAAGGGCAUUUGUUUUAAAGUUUGCUGCAAUGGAGAUCUAUAAUGAAGUUGUAAGAGACCUGCUUAGCACAGAUAAUACUCCACUCAGGCUACUUGAUGAUCCAGAGAGAGGGACCAUUAUUGAGAGACUCACUGAAGAAACUCUGAGAGACUGGAAUCAUCUGAAGGAGCUCCUAUCAAUCUGUGAAGCUCAAAGACAAAUUGGCGAGACCUCUUUGAAUGAAACAAGCUCUAGAUCUCAUCAAAUACUUAGAUUGACGAUUGAAAGUUCAGCUCGUGAGUUUAUAGGGAAGGACAACUCCACCACUCUGGCAGCCAGUGUGAAUUUUGUUGAUCUGGCUGGGAGUGAGCGUGCAUCUCAGGCAUUAUCCGUUGGUCAAAGGCUAAAAGAAGGUUGUCACAUCAAUCGGAGUUUACUUACCCUGGGAACUGUGAUUCGUAAGCUAAGCAAGGGAAGACAUGGUCACGUCAACUACAGAGAUUCUAAGCUAACACGAAUACUACAACCCUCUUUGGGUGGGAAUGCAAGAACUGCCAUCAUUUGCACCUUGAGCCCUGCACGAAGCCAUGUUGAGCAAUCUAGAAAUACUCUACUAUUUGCUAGUUGUGCUAAGGAAGUUUCCACAAAUGCACAAGUCAAUGUGGUGAUGUCUGACAAGGCCUUGGUGAAGCAUUUGCAAAGAGAAGUUGCUAGAUUGGAAAGUGAACUAAGCACUCCAGGGUCAAUCAAUGAUCAUACAGCAUUGCUGAGAAAGAAAGAUUUGCAAAUCGAAAAGUUGGAAAGAGAGGUGAGGGAGCUCACAAAGCAACUGGAUCUUGCACAAUCACGGAUUGAGGACUUGCAACAAAUGGUUGGAAAUCAAGCUUCCAGACUAUUGGAUAUGGAAGAAAAAAAGGCAUGUGAAGAUGAAUGCUUGAUAUCAGAGUCAUCUGGUGAAACUGUUCCUGCUAUACGAAUAUUUAGGGCACCUCGAUCUUGUGAAAGAGACAAUGCAGGGGAAGAGCUUUCCCACAGACAGAUUUCAGAACAUAGUCUUGACCGCUCUCCAUCCAAUGUUGCUUCUACGUUGAUGUCAAAUGGAAGCAAGUUUCAUUGCUCUGAUGCUAGUUUGGGGGAUGGCGAAUUUGUGGCUGGAACUGGAGAGGAUUCUGAUGAGAUCUGCAAGGAAGUUCAAUGUAUCGAGACAGGUAAGUCUGAUGAGGAUAACAGAUUUGUAACGGUUGACAACACUGAGAAUGGAGGGAGGUCUCCAAUGCCAAGGGUACCUGGUAAUCAAAACAGGGAAGAUGGGGAACUCUUAUCAACCAUUUCUAGACGAGCGAGUGGCAUUCAGAAUGGCUUCACUUAUGGAGCAUUGGAGCAAAAUAUUCAAAGAGUUCAGAAGACCAUAGAUUCUCUUGGUACUCCUUACCCAGAGGAGCAGUCCCGUUGGGACUCGUCUACUACUGCAUCUGGUUCUAGAAGUCUGAAGUUGACCAGAAGCAGGAGUUGUAGAGCUAAUCUGAUGGUUGGGUCAUCUUCACCUGACUCUGAGACAGUACAAGAUGGUGAAGCAACCCCACCGGAUGGAUUGGAGAAAAACUUCCCAGGAAGACCAGAAGGUCUGCGCAGAAAGCACUGGAAGAUUCCUCCAUUUACCUUUGGUGCAAAUGGUGGAAGAUUGUCAAGAAGCAACUCACAGUCCUCUAAUGGUAGCGCCUUCGUGGAUGACCUAAAAUCUCAAAACAAUGCUGCAGAUGAGGAUAUCCCCAGUGUCAAUACUUUUGUUGCUGGACUGAAAGAAAUGGCCAAGCAUCAGUAUGAAAAUAAAAUGGAUGAUCAGGGUCAAGGAACUGAUUGUGUGGCUGAAAGUCCAGGAAAGAUUCUCAAAGAUAUUGGGCUCGAUCCACUGCUGGAGUCUUCAGGUGAUCCUUUGCAAUGGCCACUGGAGUUUGAAAGAUUACGGGGACUGAUAUUAGGGCAUUGGCAAACUUGCAAUGUUUCUUUGGUCCACAGGACAUAUUUCUUCCUGCUUUUUAGAGGUGAACCAAUGGAUUCUAUUUAUAUGGAGGUGGAGCUACGAAGGCUCUUCUUCCUGAAGGAAACCUUUUCCAAAGGAAACCCAGUUGAACAAGAUGGUCGGACAUUAACUUUAGCUUCAAGCCUAAAGGCACUUUUGCGGGAGAGACGAAUGCUAAGCAGGCUUGUCAACAAAAGAUUGACUAGUGAUGAAAGAAAUAGAAUAUAUCAGAAAUGGGGUAUAGGUUUGAACUCAAAGAAAAGGAGAUUGCAGCUAGUCCAACGUUUGUGGAGCAACACCGAGGAUAUUGAUCAUGUUUCAGAGAGUGCUGCUAUCGUUGCGAAGCUGAUCAAGUUCUCCCAACAAGGUCAGGCGAUCAAGGAGAUGUUUGGGCUUAGCUUCACACCUCCACGCUUGAGUCGGAGGUCAUUUGGCUGGAAAAAUAGCACGGCUUCCCUUGUAUGAGCUCUGCAGUGAAUCUAUAUUGUGAAAAUACACAGGCGAGUUGUUAGGUUAAUUAUCUUCACUGGAACUGUGAUUUGUUAUUGAAGGAUUAUCCAGACUUUAUGAUAUUUCUUGAAGAUUCCAUAUUAGAGUUUUUUUUUUAA